AUGGACAUUAGAAGGAUGGAAGGACUCCUCCGUGCCACGAUUGAUCCUAAUCAACACUCCGCUGCAGACGAGGAGCUCAACAAGGUCGAAAAUAUUCCCGGAGUUGCUCCAGCCCUCCUCCAAAUCAUCAUGUCACACGGGGUCGGGAUGCCAAUCCGUCAAGCGGGGGUGCAUCACUUAAAAAAAUUCAUUUUAAACUCGUGGUCAGUGGAGGACACUACCCGUUUCCAGUUGCGUGACCAAGAUCGUGCCGUCAUUCGCGACGCCCUCGUCGAUGCUGCCGUCGAAGCCCCACAAAUUAUCCGAUCCGAACUCUGCGAAUGCAUCGGAUACAUUUGCAAAGCCGACUUUCCCACCCGCUGGCCAUCCCUUGUCGAUGACAUCGUCAUCUAUUUACAAUCACCGGACGCAGCGGGAUACCCAGGAGCGUUGAGCGGGUUCCGUGUCCUGGUUAAGAGUUUUGACCAUAAGAGGGGCGACGAGCGGGUGCCACUUGACGAGGCGGUGGAUACCCUUCUCCCCCUUGUUCAACAAAUCAUGGUCCGUGUGCUGCCGGAUGAUUCCCCUCAAGCUCUUAUGAUCCAGCGUUUAGCUCUCAAGACGUUCUACGCCCUCAUUCAGUACCAGCUCCCACUCGGCGAGAGAGGAAGCUGCACCAGGUUUCAACAGUGGAUGGAGCUAGUUAAACAUGUUCUGGCUAGGACAAACCCGGAAUUGGAAAAGAAUCCAGUGGAAGAUGAGGAACGCCAAGGGUUGGAAGAGCACGAUUGGUGGAAGAGUAAAAAAUGGACAAUUCGCAUUUUAUACGUAAUUUUUAAGCGGUACGGGUCUCCUGGCGGGAUGACCAAAGACACUGCGACAGAUUACCUCUCAAACUUCUCUGAAGGAGCUACUCCAGUCGUCUUGCAAAUCCUGGAAACGCACAGAAGCGGAAACUUCGUCGCGGAUAAGGUCAUGCUAGAAGGCAGCCUCUAUUUGCAGGUCGUAAAGGCGUCAUUGCAGCACGACCUCAUUCCUCCUCCUAUUGCUGAGGAAAAAGAUGAAACGUCUCACGGGCACGAACCUCAGAGCCACGAUGGGGACGAAAUUUAUGAAGAACCAGUCGAAGCUUUAGAAAAUCUGGGCCGGUUAAGCAAGACUAAAACUUCGCUUCCAAAGAAUGACGAAGUUAACGUAGUGAGUAAAACAACAAAUUAA